GCUCAAUAAUAUCUAUCAUCCCCGAGUUUAACGAGUCCGAUAAAGUUUAUGCGGGAGCGCGACACAACAACAAUAGGCCCCGAUUCCGUACGCUGCACGCGACAACAGCGCCCAAUAUGCCUCCCGCCAAACGAGUAAAAAGCAGCGCGGAUUCCCGGCCGAAUGCUGGGCCCUCGAAACGGCCGACUGUCGAGGAUUUAGAGGGAGAAAGCGAGUUUGCCAAUCUGGCGCGGCAGCAUUGGCUCAAGACACCGAAGCAGACAUCCAAGACCAGCAAGGCCAAGUCCAAAGUUAAGGUCAAGAACGAUGUGCUCAAGCGGGAAAUAUGGGACGUUCUAGAGAAGGAGAACUUCCCAUUAAAAUCACUGCUGGUGCUGGAGGGGUUGCAGACGCUGGAAAGCUACCUGUGGCCUGGUUAUGGGGAGAGCUCAUCCAACUACCAUGUCCUCCUGAUUGUCCUCAUAGUCAACGCGAAACAAAGGGAACGGCUCGGGACUUGGGACAUCUUCGCCGACCGUCCCGCCGACUUUUCAGAUCUCUUCCGCCGUGCUCUUUCCAUGACCCUCGACGGCUCGCUAUCCUGGACCGUCCGAACCCAUGUUCUGCUCUUCGUCAUCCACGCCUUCCGGAGCCUAGACCGCGACAUUGUGCGUAAGGAGUGCGCCCCUUUGGUCUCGAUCUCGAUAUGGCAUAGCAUGUCGACCGAGGAGAAGCGGGUCGCGAUACUCGACGCCAAUCCACAAUUAAAGAAGGCUUGGAGGGCGUCUGCCAAGAGGUACGAUGCCGCCGACGAUGCCACCAAAGCUCGCCUACGCUUCGAGAGGUCCUGGCUAUACACCUUGAUCCUGGACUUCCUCGCGCUGCUCCACGUCGGGAGCCCCAAACUAGAGCACAUACUCUACUGCGAACGCUUCGUCGAAUUCUUGACCGACUUGCAGAGCCAGCUCCCAACCAGACGAUAUGUCAACACGUUGCUCCAAGACAUGCACGUUCUUCCCGCCCUCGCUCUAUCGCCAGUUUACAACGACGAAGGGAGCGAAUUGCUCCGAGAGCUAUGCGCUCUCUUCACACACUACACCCGUUUUUGCGUCGACGACCACUCGGGCGCACAGCUCAACCUUAAGGAGGCGUACGACAGGCAUUGCGGCGCCUUGGCUAAGCUGCAAAGGACGGCCCUGAAACACUUCAAGGAGAAGUUGACCCUCCUGGCGCUGUCGAACUAUGGUUCGAUCGACAAGAGAGCAGGGCUCGAAGGCCAUCUUCAGUCAUUAACAGAUGAGGAGCUUGCCCAGCUUGCUAGUCACUUGGGCCUCCGGGUAACGUACCCAGAACCUGCCAAAGUACCGGUGGAUCGCAGGUUCUUGAUGGAGGUCCUUCUAUGGACCUUUGAGAGGCAAAAGACCUUCCAGGAGGCCGCCCGCGACUUGAGCAUCCUCCCCACCGAGAAAGCGCUCUUUGACAUCAGCCUCAGGAGGACAGACCACUAUGACGGAUCCCGGCCCCUUGCGCUCCCGAAACUCAAUCUCCAGUACCUAUCGGUUGGCGACUUUCUCUGGCGGGCCAUGAUCUUGUACCGGUGCGAGUCCUUCUAUGCCAUCGGUCAGGACAUCGAGGACGCGUUAACAAGGUUAAAACCCGAGAGCAAACGAGCAGGGGUAACAACCUUCUCGGGCUUCUCAAAAAUGGCCCUACCGAUCGCCAAACCAACCAUCCUUGAGGUGGUGCCGCCCCGGGUAGGUCACGAUAAGCCCUCGUUAGUCCGGGCCGAAGUGACCAUCGACAUGAGGAGGCUGUCACCACAUGUCCGGCGUGAAUGGGAAUCCUUACGUCCCGACGAUGUGCUUUUCCUUGUUGCUGUCGACGCGUCCAAAUCGAAACAGGCCGCUAAUGGCGGCGCCCCACCGUCAGAGGCCGAGAAGUUAGGCCUGGUCUCUGUUCGAGCUGCCGAAGUCAUCCAGGUGCUUGACGACAAGGGACGAGCGAUCAGGGAUGCACAGGCGUACUUCGAUGGCCAUAGCCGCGGCGACUCGAGGAAACUUCAACUCCGACUAGACGCGGCGGCGUUCAAAGCCGACACUGAGAGCAAUCGCGACGUCUACGACGGAAUCAAUCUCUUGGUUCGGAGAAGCGGCCGGGAGAACAACUUCAAGCCGGUGUUAGAGUCGAUCCGAGAUCUCACCCUUUCCGAGGUCCCUCUCGCCUCCUGGCUGUAUGAAGUCUUCCUGGGGUAUGGUGACCCAGCCGGUGCUACGUACAGGAACCUACCAAACCGCGUCAAGAAAGUCAACUUCCGCGAUACUUUCCUGGACUGGCAGCAUCUUAUCGAGAGCCUGCCCGGCAAGAUUAUCGAACCAAGUGACGACGUCUCCGGGAGUUUCGGCCCCCCAUAUGUACUGGAGACCGUCGACAAGCAACCGGAGGGCGCCGUUUCCAAACCUUCUAAGAAAAGAAGGCGAGACGCAGAGCCUGCUCUGAUCGCCGAGAUCGAGACUGUUAAUGUCUCGACAUACAAACCGCCAAACAACGGGCCUUAUCCGGUUGACGUUCCGAAACUCAACAAGGUCCGGUUCACGCCAACACAAAUCGAAGCGAUCGUCUCAGGGUCACAACCGGGGCUUACUGUCAUUGUUGGCCCACCCGGCACUGGUAAGACGGACGUCGCGACCCAGAUUAUCAACAACAUCUACCACAACUUUCCCGAGCAGAAAACGCUCCUCAUAGCCCACAGCAACCAGGCCCUCAACCAGCUGUUUGCCAAGAUCGUGGCCCUGGAUAUGGAUGAGCGCCACCUUCUCCGUCUGGGCCACGGAGAAGAGGAGCUGGAAACCGGAGGGAGCUUCAGCAAGCACGGCAGAGUCGAGUCGUUCCUUGAAAACCGGCAGCGUUUCCUCCUCGAGGUCAAUCGUCUCGCUGCAAGCAUGGGCGCGCCGGGCGCUCAUGGUAACUCUGCCGAGACGGCCGGCUACUUUAACUCGGUCUAUGUUGAGCCGGCAUGGGCCAAGUUCGGCGGCGCCGUCAAGCCGGAGGAUGUCGGUCCCGAGGAGAUUGUUCAGGCAUUUCCCUUCCAUGCUUUCUUUGAGGAUGCGCCGCAGCCCCUUUUCCCCGCCGACGCAGACCGCGAGGCUGUCUUAGAAAUCGCUAGCGGAUGUUAUCGUCACAUAUCCAAGAUCUUUUCGGAGUUGGCAGAUGUGCUACCUUUCGAGAUCCUAAGACGCGACAAGGACAAGGCCAACUAUCUGCUCACCAGCGAGGCCCGGAUCGUUGCCAUGACCUCGACACAUGCUGCGAUGAAGAGGGGCGAGAUCGCCUCACUCGGCUUCCACUACGACAAUGUUAUCAUGGAAGAGGCCGCACAAAUCACCGAGAUUGAGAACUUCAUCCCCUUCGCCAUGCAGAAACCCAAGGAUGGGCGAUCCGGUCUCCAGAGGGUGGUUUUAUGUGGUGACCACUACCAGAACUCGCCCGUCAUCCAGGGGCUGGCGUUCCGGCACUAUGCGAAUCUCGAGCAAUCGCUCUUUUCCCGGCUUGUCCGUCUCGGCGUUCCAACCAUCCACCUCGACCAGCAAGGCCGCGCUCGUCCUUCGAUCUCUAGCCUGUACAAAUGGCGUUACCCCGAGCUAGGCGACCUUCCGCACACCCAAACGCACAACGAGUUCCUCACCGCCAACGCCGGGUUCCGGUUUGACUACCAGUUCAUCAACGUCCCCGACUACAAGGGCAAGGGAGAGACGGAGCCCUCGCCGCAUUUUAUCCAAAACCUCGGCGAGGCCGAGUAUGCCGUGGCCAUUUACCAGUACAUGCGCCUGCUGGGCUACCCGGCAUCCAAAAUCAGCAUCCUAGCCACUUACGCCGGCCAGCGGGCGCUCAUCAAGGACGUGCUCGCCCACCGAUGCGCCAAGAACCCCGUCUUCGGCCUGCCCCGCAUCGUCACCACUGUCGAUAAGUACCAGGGCGAACAGAACGACUACAUCAUCCUCUCCCUCACGCGCACCACGCGCGUCGGCUACCUGCGCGACAUCCGCCGCCUCACCGUCGCCCUCUCGCGCGCCCGCCUGGGCCUCUACAUCCUCGGCCGCCGCGACGUCUUCGAGGCCUGCUACGAGCUGCGCGACGCCUUCGACCUGCUGCUGCGCCGCCCGGACAAGCUGGCCCUCGUCACGGGCGAGAUGUGGCCGUCUGCGAGGGUCCUGGCUGAUGAGGAGGGGGGAGAAGGGGAGGGGGAGGGGGAGGAAGGGAAGGGUGGGAAGGGUGGGAAGGGAGGGAAGGCAGGGAAGGGAGGAAAGGCAGGGAAGGGUGGGAAGACCAAGGACGUGCAGGGCGAGGCGGUCAUGGAGGGGGUCGAGCAUCUCGGGCAGUAUGUCUUUGAGAUGACCAGCACAAGGGUCAAGCAGCUGCGCGAGGAGAGGGGCUUGGCGGGGGAUGUGCCGCUUGAGGCGGUCGUGGAGGAGGUGGAGGAGGGGUAUGGUGUGGGGGGUGCUGGUGAGGAUGGAGAGGGAGAGGAGGUGGAGGGGUUGGCUAGAGGGGAGGGGUUUGAGGUUGAGGAGGAAUGAGGUGAAAUGCGGCGUCGGUCUGUAUGUUUAUAUGGUACAUACAUCGUGUGGUUUGAUAUCGAGUUGGGUCACGAAAAGCGUGUGUUGAUUGUCCUGCAAGAGCCGUUUUUUUCUGUCGUUAUUGGACCCUGGCUGAUCUGCAUGCCGGGGUUGAGCAACAACAGCAGCUGACUGGAGCUCCA